GAGGUGAUCCUCUCUCGAUCCUCCUUGUGUUCACAAACCUACACCAUCUCUCUUUUCCUCCCUCUCUCUGUCUCUCUCUCUCUCUUAUCAUCAUCAUCAUCUCAAACCUCAGAAAGGGAAGAGUCCAUACGCACCCUUUUGCUCUUGUUUGUUCCUACACACACCCAAAUAGCUAAUUCUUAUUCUUAUCAUAGGACCAUCUGAGGACAAAGCACAGUGCAGUUGAUACACAUCAUAACAACUGUAGGCUUUGCGUGCGUGUUCGAGAAUAACUAUGGCUUCUCCUUCUGAACUAACCCUAGAGUGCAAGCCCCAGAGCUAUUCCAUGCUCCUGAAGUCGUUCGGCGACCACGCUGCGGACCAGACCCAGAAGCUCGAGGAGUUCCUCGCUCGCCUCGAGGAGGAGCGCCUCAAGAUCGACGCGUUCAAGCGCGAGCUCCCACUCUGCAUGCAGCUCCUCACCAAUGCUGUAGAAGUAUCAAAGCAACAGCUUCAAGCCUACAGAGCAAAUCAAGGACCAAGGCCAGUUCUUGAAGAAUUCAUACCAUUGAAAAAUUCAUCAUCUGAAGGCUCUGAGAAGACACCAAACCUAUCUGACAAGGCAAACUGGAUGACAUCUGCUCAAUUAUGGAGCCAAACAAGCAAUGAUAACCCCAACAAGCAACAGUCAUUGGCGCCUAAAGAAAUCGACAUCGGCUUCAACGUUAGCCCGAAGAUCGGUUGGGACAACAAACAGAGGAACGGAGGAGCCUUCCUUCCGUUCUCCAAGGAGCGCAACGGGUCAUGCCCAAGCCCAAGCUUGAGGGCUCUUCCCGAGCUCGCUCUUGGCUCGCCCGAGAAAGAGACGGAAGAUAAGAAGUAUCUGGAAGCUGAGAAUGCCAACGGUGUCUCGUGCGCGAGAAGAGACAGUUGCAGUAAAAUUGGCAAUGGUGUUCUGGUAAACGAAAUGGGAAAAGGAGUCGUGAGUUCCACAGAAGUGCAGAUUCCGGCGACAGCUAACGCUUCGACCAAUAAUUCGACGGCCGCAAAUGGCCAGACUCAUAGAAAGGCAAGGCGGUGCUGGUCGCCGGACUUGCAUCGAAGGUUUGUAAAUGCCCUACAGAUGCUUGGCGGCUCUCAAGUGGCCACCCCAAAGCAAAUCAGAGAGCUGAUGAAGGUUGACGGUUUGACUAAUGAUGAAGUUAAAAGCCAUCUCCAGAAAUACAGGCUUCACACCAGACGACCCAGCCCAAGCCCACAAGCAGCCGGCGCCGCCGGUCCGCAGCUGGUGGUCCUAGGUAGCAUCUGGGUACCGCCUGAUUACGCGACGGCUGCGGCCGCCGCCGCCGCACAUGGCGGCACUCCCCAACUGUAUGGCGCCCACCCGACUGGCCAUGCGUCGCCUCACUACUGCACGCCUCCUGCUAUGCCGCAGGAAUUCUACUCCACGGCAGCGGCCGUGGCGCACCACGAGGUGGUGCACCACCACCCCCUCCACGGCCACCACCACCAGAUUCAAUUGUACAAGGGGACUUCUCAUCCCCAACCACAAAGCUCGCCGGAGUCCGGGAUGAGGGGCGGCGGCGGGGAUGGCCAGUCGGAGAGCAUCGAGGACGGCAAGUCGGAGAGCAGCAGCUGGAAGGGCGACAGCGGCGAUCACGUCAACAACGGUGGAGAUCAAAGGAAGGGAUUGAUCACCAUGAGAGAUGACAACAACGAGGAGAGUAAUGGAAGUGAGAUUACUCUCAAGUUCUAUGACAAAUAAAAUUUUCAUGCUAGGAUUUUAGGGUUUUAGUUUUUUUUUUUAUGAAGAUUUUCUUUUGGUUUUUGAAUUUUUAUUGUUGUUUUUAUUAUUCUGAUUUUUAUGUGCAAAUAUCUAGAGAGGGUUAAAAAAGGGGGUGCAUAAUGGCAAAAAAGGGCAAGCUUGUCAUGUUUCCUCGAUAUGUUUCAUGUCCUUUUGGGAAGAAAAUAGAAAGAUUGUAUUUAUAUGGACGCUUUGGCAUUUUGUGUUA